GAGCACCCAAAACAGAUCACUUUGUUUGCUUUGGGACCCCUCACCAACAUAGCACUGGCCUAUCAUUUGGAUAACAAAUUGUUUGACAAUUUGAAGCAAAUCGUGUUUAUGGGCGGAACUCUUGAUUUUGCCGGAAAUUCAGAUCCAAUGAAAACUUUUAAUAUCGUGAGUGAUGUGGAGGCCUGUCGUAUAGUACUGUCCACUGAUAAAUGUCCUCUUACUGUCGUACCUGAAGAAUGCUGUAGAAGUAAUAUACUGACCUGGGAUAUUUACGACAAAAUAUCAAAAUUGGAUUCAAAGAAAGCAAAGUUUGCGAAACAGAUAAUGGAAAUGGAGUACAAGAGGGUUAGGCCCCAACCGGGAGCUAAAGGGUUCAUAAUGUUUGAUAUACUGGUAGUAAUGGCAGUCGUAUACCAGGACUACAUUGAAUCCCAACAGGAAUAUAAGACAUCGAUUGAAUUGAACGGAACCCUCACGAGAGGGGAACUGGUGUUUGAUAAGAGAACGCCGGGACCUGAUGUUAAACCCAUGGACUGGACUUCGCCUCCAACGAAUGCCACAAUCAAUGAUCACCUGAAGUCUGGUCCACAACGCCUACCACACCAUCCUAUCACCACAACUGGUCCGCCAAUCAUCGCAUGCGUGCCGGCGAUCGACCACCAAAUGGAUGUCAACAGCAAUGAUGUGCUCAUAGAGGAGACGCUGUCCGCCAAACAACGUCUUCGGGAAGUGAUGCGCGAGAACUCCGAGAUGAAGGAACUGAUCCUCUUCUUGGACGACGAGCGCAAUUACGCCAAACUCGUGGUCAAGGAGUUCAACGCCAAACAGCUCAAGACGUGGAACCAAAUGAAGUGUAAACUCAAUCUUCUGGAGCAGAAGCAGUUUGAGCUGAUCCGCGAGAACUACUCACUUAAACAAAGUCUACCGUUUCAUGUCUUAGACAUGUCUGCGUUAUGCGUGUUGUUGGACACGAACAGCGGCACCGGUAGCUCAACGCCCACAAUGAUGACGCCGACCAGUAUGUCGAGGGGCGGGUCGACCGCCGCCUUCUGUCAGUACAUCUCAUACCUGGAGAGUGAGCUGCGGUCGAGAGGUGUGGACAUCGCGCGACCCAAACACGUGUCGGACGCCCUUCGGGUGAACGCCAUCCGCGAGUCGAUCGUCGACUCCGGCGACGAGAAGUCCAUCAUUGAGUCCCUGAGCGACACCGCCAUCAAGACACUCAUGAAUCGA